CAAUCGGAGCUUCGACUUGACGGGGAACUUCAGCUUGACGCGAGAUCGGCUGGGCUGGUUGCGGGACUUCAGCUUGACGAGGAGCCACUGGAACCUCAGCUUGGAGAGGGAUGGACUGGGCUUGUUUCGGAGCUUCAGCUUGACGAGCGACGAUUAAAACCUGUCGGGGAGCCACGGGAACUUGAGCUUGAUGAGCGAUCGGUUGGGCUGGUUCAGUUUGACGAGUGACAAUCGGGGCCUCGGCUUGGCGAGGAGCCACUGGAGCGUCAGCUUGAAGAGCAACCUGUUGGGCUGGUUGGGGGGUAUCAGCUUGGCGAGGAGCUACUGGAUCUUCAGGCUGACGGGUGACAAUAGGAGCUUCAGCUUGGCGAGAGAUAACCCAAACCUGACGGGGAGCCACUGGAGUCUCGGCGUGGCGGGCGGCGGAUUGGCGGGGGAUUGGUUGUUCCCCAACACGUGGUACGUCCGUUGCUUGGUGGAUCACGAGAUUGGGCACGACGGCGGCGGCGGCGAUCGCAGCGGCGGUGUCCGUGGCUGCAUCAUGCGUACACGUCAUUUGGGUCAGCACUUGUCGCUUGCGGUCGAGCAUGCGGGCGCAACUGGCGACCAUUGACACUUGGCGAUUGGUGAGCACCGCGUCCGUGGGAGACAUGCCGAUCGCAUCGGCGCAACUGAUGGCGUCCGCCGUCAGCGCCACCGACCCCAGCGCCGUCUGAAGGGCGCCGAGCGGACACACGUUCUUGGGGGUGGAACCCGAGCACGUUGCGAGAAGCAUGGGAAGGACGAGGAACGCAAGCAUGGAGAUGAGAGGAAGGUGAUCGAAGCGAGGCAAUUGCGAAAUGAGCACACGAUACACAGAGGUUCACUGACCCAUCACGAUGACGACAAGGUGAUGGACAUGGAGUUGCCGCGAACGGCGUGUCCCAACCGACACACUGUCGAGUUCUGUCAUGGUGAAAGCACUAUAUUUGGUGUAUUAGGCUUGUUUAUUGUAUAGCAUACAUACCGUAAGUUACACAAUUCGAAUGUCUC